GGAAAGUUGGAAAGUUGGAAAUUGAGGAUUUGGUCAUUGAGGAUUUGGUCAUUGGUUAGCAAAGGAAUCUCCUCUUCACAGCUUUUCGAACACGUACCAUAUCCAUAUCACUCAGAUUGAUUCGAUAUAUAUCAAAUCGACCAGAGAUCCUCUUCCUACCGGUUCAUCUUCAACUAAUCACUUAUCAAAUCUCUGAACAAUCUUCAUAUCCACACGACAACCCGAGAACACAACGACACAACUCAACCUAAGAUAGACUCAAAAUGUCAGACGAUUGUUCGGCUGAUAACGGUACCACCAGAACUGGGUUACGGAUAGGAAGUAUUUUCAUCAUCCUUGUAACUUCAUUGAUCGGAACUUGUUUACCGAUCUUUUUAAGAUCAUCAAGUUUCGUACCCCGAUGGGCGUUUGAAUUCGCAAAGUUCUUCGGGAGCGGCGUCAUCAUAGCCACGGCUUUCAUACAUUUACUAGCACCGGCUUUCGAUGAACUGGGUAGUGAAUGUCUGUCUGGGACUUGGACGGAAUAUGACUGGGCACCGGCAUUCGCAAUGCUCGCUGUGUACUGCAUUUUCUUCGCAGAAGUAGCCGCUUAUCGUAUCGGUUCUGCCAAACUGGCCAAGCUCAAUAUACAAUACAACACCUCUGGUCCACAUGACGAAUUCCACACUCAUCCUUCUAACAUUCACGAACAUUCCACAUCUCCUCAAAACGUCAAAAUAAACUCUCCUCGUGUGGAGAAAAACCUCGACGUGGAGAAUGGUUUGUCGACAGAGACGUCAUCCGAAUCAGAUACCGUAAACCAGAUGGCAUCGAAGAGCGAAGCUGUGGCUCAAUUGAUAGCUGUCGCGGUAUUGGAAUUUGGUGUUAUUUUACAUUCGAUCAUUAUCGGUUUGACUUUAGCUGUCAAUGAUCAAUUCACGAUUCUUUUCAUUGUCAUCAUUUUCCAUCAAAUGUUCGAAGGUUUGGGUCUGGGAUCACGUUUAUCAGCGCUUAUCCUCCCCCGAUCAGUCGCUUGGUCACGAUACGCAGCUGCGGUUUUGUAUUCUAUAUGUACACCCAUCGGUGUCGCAGUGGGAUUGGGCGUGAGGGAAAGUUAUAAUGGGAAUGGAAUAGCUGCGAAUAUCACUUCGGGGAUAUUAGAUGCUUUGUCAGCGGGAAUCUUGUUGUAUACUGGUCUCGUUGAAUUACUCGGUCACGAAAUUCUAUUCAACCCAAGAAUGAUGAAGUCUUCCAACCUCAGAUUGACAUACAUCUUCGUGUGUAUCCUCCUCGGUUCGGGACUUAUGGCUUUGCUCGGUCGGUGGGCGUGAACGAUACAUCUUCAUCCGGAGCUUACUUUUCACCCCCCUCUCUUCAACGAUUACCUCUUCUUAUCUCGUCACACAUUACUCGUCAUUCUUCACUAGCUCGACAGGCAGCAUGAUUCACUACCUCUUCUCUUCACCGUUCUAUAUGAUCAUCUACCCUCGUAUCGAUGAGGACGCAGGGACAGCAAGUGCAGAAGUUCAACAAAUGGGAUGGAUCGGUCAAGGGUCGGAACCUCAAAUGCAGUGCGAGGAACAAUAUAGAACCAUCAGUAUUCGUGUGCAUUGGAUUAUUUGUG